AUAGAAAUACCACAGCUAUAACUUUUUCUCUUUUGCAGCUGGAGAACUACAUUGUGGAAAACAUGAAAUCGGAGAUGGUGCAGCUGCAGCAGAAUGCAGUGCAGAACCACACUGCCACCAUGCUCGAGAUAGGGACCAGCCUCCUCAGCCAGACAGCAGAGCAGACGAGAAAACUCACAGAUGUUGAAACCCAGGUGCUAAAUCAAACAUCCAGACUUGAAAUUCAGCUGCUGGAGAAUUCACUGUCAACUUACAAGCUAGAAAAGCAGUUGCUACAACAGACACAUGAAAUCCUGAAAAUUCAUGAGAAAAACAGUUUACUUGAGCACAGAAUUUUAGAAAUGGAAGAAAGGCAUAAAGAGGAGAUGGACACUUUGAAGGAGGAAAAAGAGAACCUACAAAGCUUGGUCACACGACAAAGCUACAUAAUACAGGAACUAGAGAAGCAGCUAAACAAGGCAACAAGCAACAACAGUGUUCUGCAGAAACAGCAGCUUGAAUUGAUGGAUACAGUUCACACUCUGAUCACCCUCUGUUCCAAGGAAGGAGCCAAAAAUAAAUUCAUUUUACUAAAGAAUGCAAAAAAGGAAGAAGAAAAACCUUUCAGAGAUUGUGCAGAUGUAUACCAAUCUGGUUUUAACAAAAGUGGGGUCUACACUAUUUAUAUUAACAACGUGUCAGAUCCUAAAAAGGUCUUUUGCAAUAUGGAAAUUGCUGGAGGGGGAUGGACAGUUAUACAGCACAGAGAAGAUGGGAGUCUAGAUUUUCAAAAAAGCUGGAAAGAAUACAAAAUGGGUUUUGGUAGCCCAUCAGGUGAACAUUGGCUGGGAAAUGAAUUUAUCUUUGCAAUAACAAGUCAGAGGCAAUAUUCUCUAAGAAUUGAAUUAAUGGACUGGGAAGGAAACCGGGCAUAUUCACAGUAUGACAGAUUUCACAUAGGAAAUGAAAAGCAGAAUUACAGGCUUUAUUUAAAAGGUCACAGUGGAACAGCUGGAAAACAGAGUAGUCUGAUCUUACAUGGUGCUGAAUUCAGUACAAAAGAUGCUGACAAUGACAACUGCAUGUGUAAAUGUGCUCUCAUGUUGACUGGAGGGUGGUGGUUUGAUGCCUGCGGCCCCUCCAAUCUCAACGGGAUGUUCUACACAGCUGGGCAAAACCAUGGAAAGCUCAAUGGCAUCAAGUGGCAUUACUUCAAAGGCCCCAGCUAUUCCUUGCGCUCCACCACCAUGAUGAUUCGGCCCUUGGACUUUUAA